GUCGCUCUAUCUCGCGAGUCGUGAACCACCGCUUCCUCUGCGUCUCGCCACUUCGCUCGGCUUCGUCUUCAACUGUCGCCGGCUGGGCUCCGUCUUCAGUCUUCACCCUCAGGUUCGUUUGCACCCCCUUUCUAUACACCAUUCUAACCCUAAUUCCCAAUUUAGAAAACAAUUAAUUUCUUUAUGCUUCCGCCUUCCUGGAGACUUGGAGUUCCUACGGCUGCGACGAGGAUAGUGAGCGAGGCAGCGGCGACCAACAGGCGAGGUCCUCGAUUGGUGGUGGCGAGGUGGCGAUUGACCAGCGAGGAGGCCGCGGUGGUGUAGAUAGAGGAACUGUGGCAGCGUCUUCCAGCUAAGAGAGAUUGUUCCAAAAAAGAAUCUAUAGUUAUAAGUGAAUAUCCUUCAACUGUUGAGAGCUGGAAUAAUGAUAAAGUUGAAGAUGAGAUGGAAAAGGUAACAUCUAUAGUAAAAGGGCUGCGGUCAAAGAGGGCAUUGCUGCCUCCAAAAGAAAGAUUUGAAAGGUGAGCUGCGUAUUGCGUUAUGGGCGUCUGCGUUUGUUUGGCCAAAGGUGCUGCAGAAACACUGAAGCUCAACAUGGCCAUAAUCCUGUUACCAGUCCGCAGGAACACCAUCACCUGGCUCAGGAACAAGACCAACUGACCAAGUUAGGCGUCGCGGUCCCUUUUGAUGACAACCUUAAUUUUCACAAAGUGAUCGCGGUGGCUGUGGCGAUUGGUGUGGGAAUACAGGCAAUAGCUCACUUGACGUGUGAUUUCCCAAAGCUGAUACACGCGAGCCCUGAGAUGAUGAAGUUGUGAUGACAGACAUGGAUGUACUUGGCUGUUCCCAUGGUAAUUUAUGCUUGUGAAAAACUGCUCAGAUCAUUCAGAUUUAGCAUUAAGCCUGUCAAGAUUCUUAAGUCUAUUCUGGAAAUGUUUUGUCCCUUCAUAUGUCCAAGCCACAGGGGUUCAGAUACCGAAGUGGUCAAUACAUGUUUGUCAACUGUUCUGCAGUUUCUCCCUUUGAAUGCUGGUGAGAUUGAAAAGCUGAAAAUUGAUCAGUGCAAGGUCUAUUUAAGGAAGCAUGGAUUGAGAUUGACGGGCAACAAGGCUACGUUUAUUGAGCGUAUCAAGGAGCAUAUUGAUGUUGUCAAUGGUGGUGGAGAGAAGAAGUAUCCUGUAUCUAGUUUUGUAUGGAACUGCAAAGGUGAUGCAUGCACUGAAGAUGUUGUUUUGUUUGAACAAAUGUAUAUGAAAUGUUCAAUAUUGCUUCCAGGAGCGCUAGUGCUCCUCCUCCAUGCGGUACAAGGGUUGUUGCAGGAAGAAUUGUAAAAGAGAGCUAUGGCAUGCUGAACCAAGAAAUGAAUUCACAUUCAUAUGAAGUUUAAAACCUUCUAGCCACUGUUUAUGUAUUUUGCACCUUCUUAAAAAAAAAAUAAAAAAAUAGAAGAGAUCAUAAAACUGGUUACCAAUAGGGACUUAUGUAUUUGUGCUGUAAAAGUGGGAGUUCAUUUAUUAUUUUAAAAAAAUUAGUUGCCUCUCU